AUGCUCGAGCCGACGAUGGUAUACGUCGCCCCUGCGGCCUCGCGUCGUGGCGGCGGUGGCGGCGGCGGUGGAUUUGCGAAUAGAACGGUCUGUUUUGCUGUGCUGCUGCUGCUGCUUGGUGCUGCUCGGUCGACGGCGGUUGCACCCGGAACAACGAGCUCGGGCAGCGGUGCCGCCGAGCCUGGCGAGGGAGAAAUCGCUGGCGUCGUGGCGCAGGCGCUCGCGUCGAACAGUGACAAGGCCGCUGCUGUCCUCUCUCAGCUCGAAUCGCUCCUGGCGUCGCUGGAGUCGUUCCUGGCGGAGUACGGCUUACCGUCCGCUUCCUUGGUAUUCCCCGGGGUCGCUAUCGCCAUCUUCUUGCUGGUGUUGCUCGGGAAGGUCGGCAUCGGCGGCGGGGGUGGCAGCGGGUCGUCAAAGAAACGUAAAGGUGUGGUGCUAUUUCUCGGGCCCUGUGGCUCCGGGAAGACGGCCAUGUGCUACCGGCUCUCCCACGGUGGAGAAACCGGCCUAGUGCCGACGGCAACCUCGAUGGAGGCCUGCAGGUAUCCCUGCAGCAGCGGCCGGCUAUCCGAACUACUAGCUCGAAACGGCAAUGGACCCUCGUCUUCUGCUCGGUCCGGGUCGCUGGUGGACUACCCGGGCCACGAGAGACUCAGGGGCGGGGUGGGCGAAGAGCUGCGCGGGGCCGACCGCGUCGUGUUCAUGCUGGACGGGUCCUGCCUCGCGGCGCAGGUGGCGGCCGGCGCCGAGCUCCUUUACGACGUCCUCACCGACCCGUCGCUCGAGGGCUGCCAAGGACUCAUGCUCGCGCUGAACAAGAGCGACCUCAAGGAGGCCAAGGCGUCUCGGGCCAAGACCCUGCUGCAGAAGGAGCUGGACAAGCUGAGAGGCACCCGCGGGAUGCUUGGGACGCAGGGGGAGGAGGACGACAUGCCGGUCGCGAUGGCGUUGGGGAGGCCCGGGCAGCCCUUCAGCCUGGAGGUGGAUUCGCCAUGCGAGGUGGUUGUCGCUGGUUGUUCUGUGGCAAAGGAAGGGGGGCUGGACUCGGUGGUAGACUUCGUGCGCGCGUCGCUUGUGUAA